AUGAUGCGCCCCACCCUCCUCGCUACCUUCCUCCUCCUUUCCUCCAUCUACCCCACUCGAGCUGCUGUCCCCUCUGACGGCACGAGCCCGUACGACGCCACCCCUUCCUCCUCUUCUUCCGCGUCAUCCCCCAGCGGCUCCGACGCCGCCGUCGCCGACUCGGUGGCGGCUAUGUUCGCCGGCACCCCCAACUCCCGUCGGAACGUCGAGGUCCUCCCCUGGUCCAAGCGCCAACUCAACUCCGAGACGCUGGACGACGCCGAGGCGGCCAAGGCGGACCUCAAGGCGGAGGUUUGGGACGCUCAGCCGGCCCCGCUCCGUCAAACAUCUCGGACGGAGAUCCUCUCUCGGAGCGAGGCGCGCAAGGCCCGCCGGGCGGAGCGCAGGGCAAAGCUGGAGAUGGAGCGGGGCUUGACGGAGCGGCAGACUGUCGCUCGUCGCAGUUACGCCGUCCUCACUGGCAGGGUGUACACAGGUCUCGGCAUCAACAUCGUCGCUCUUGGUAGCAUUGCCAACCAGACUCUGGCUCAGUGCGGCGCCGCCUGCGACCGGACCAGGGACUGCAACCAGUUCGACCUGGCCGGUGCGACUCAGCGCCCUCCCAGGACAUGCUACCUUUUCAACGCCAUCGUGGACGGGAGUCAGAGUCAGACGGACUAUCAGUCGGCCGUCCUCGGCACGUGUGCGCAGUACGGUAUCGCCCCCAGCUCCUGCACUACCCAGUCUCUCUAG